AUGGGUUCCAUUUCGACUGCUGGCGAGGCUGUCGCCCGCAUCGCACAUUUGGCCUCCGAUGUGAUUGUGUCGGUUGUGCCUUCGCUGAAGGAGGACUCCGAUUUCUCUCAGGCGCUGCGCUCGUUGCAGCUGAGCAACGCGCCUUCCGUUGUUGCUAAGCAGCAGCCAGAGGUCAUUUCUGUUCGCCAGAAUGCAGACCCUCUUCUUUCAGUCUUCCAGCCAAUUCGCUCUGGCAAGCUCACCAGUGUCACCACCGCCUCCUCGAUACUGGUGAAGUCGAUACCGCAUCUCUAUAAGCUCGCACAAUAUCCCGUCGUUCUCCACGUCUCUGUGCAGCCCGCUGGCUUCCCAGACUUCUCUGAUAUCACAUCCAUCAGGCAGUCUGGCUUCACAUUCCUGCAGUCCGAGACGCUGCAGGAGGCACAGGACAUUGCCCUCACCGCGCAUGCCCUGGCAAUCAAAUCUGGCAAGGGUGUGAUUCAUUUCUUCGACCCGAGCGCCUCUGCUUUCAAGAAGUCAAUUGCACAGGAGGAUGCUCAGCUGCUCGGCCGCGUCAUUGACCUUGACGCCGCUGCGGCUUUCCAGCACACAAAGUCUGAGGAGACUUCUCUGUACGCCGACGAUGGCAGGAGUGCUACCGUAUCCUUCGCUCGUAGCUCGACAAACCCCCGAGACACACAGGCUGCUCCCCUGAGCUCCUCAGAGCUUCGAUCCAUUCCGGUAUCGGAGAGGAACAGCCAGCGCGCCGACUCCUCCGCUGGCUCAUCACAACGUGACACCAGCCAGAGCGGCGCAUCGGUCUCUUCUGCGACCACAGUCGAGUCCCUGAUCUCGAAGCCUGUCUCAUCUGAGGACAUCUACCGAUUUGCCUCGCAGAUCUGGGAGACCAUUAAGGAGUCUACAGGACGUGCCUACGAUGCAUUCUCAUACACCGGCUCUGGCAAUGAGGAGGCUGCUAUCUUCCUCUUCGGUGCUGAUUCUGGCAUUUUCGCCACUGAGCUUGACUCUGCGGACGACUCGGAGCCUUACGUGAACGCUGGCCUGAUCAGCGCCAGGAUGUACCGCCCCUGGCUGGGUGCUUCUCUUGCUCCACUGCUCCCCAAAUCUAUCAAGAAGAUUGCAGUCCUCGAGCAAGUUCGUCGCAAGACCACCAAGUGGGGCCCCGUCCUCCUUGACUUGCUGAUGUCGUUGAAGUCGGCUGGUGGCUUAUCGCCAACCGUUGUUGGCUACCAGCUGGGGUACAUUGACGAGAAGACUGUUUCGCAGGCUCUGCGCGGCGUAUGGCAAAAUCUCACAAGUGAUACACCUCUUCAGAACCUCCAGAUCGGUAACAUGGAUGGCCCAAAAGCUGAGCCGGCGAACCUCGAGAAGCCUGCCCUCGAGAAUGCCUAUGUCAAGAUCUUGGAUCAGGUUUUCGGCGACAAGCUUCACGUCGCCAACCAGCUUGGUGCUCAGAAUGCCGGUAUUUCGAACGAGAUCUCAGCAAGCCCCGAGUACGGAUUCGGAUCGCUUAUCGCGCGCAAGGAGCACAGGAAGCGACUCGUCGACGAGGUUGCAGCCGCAUCCAAGAGCAACGACUUCAUCACAAACGCACCUAAGGAGUGGCUGUCCAAGUGGGCGCUCAGUGCCAACAACGCUGUUGAAGCCAACGAUCUUGCUCCUGAGGUCAUUGCACGCUUGAGCACCGAUGGUUCAGCCGCUGCCAGCAAGUUCCUCGAGUCCAAGAAGCUGUUCUACCAGGAGUCAUCCUGGUUGGUCGGCUCUGAUGCCUGGGCCUACGAUCUUGGCAACUCUGGUGUCCACCACGUUCUGGAGGCUGGCGAGAAUGUCAACAUGCUCAUCAUCGACUCCACUCCCUACUCCGAGCGCGCCGCCGCCGACUCUGUCCGCAGGAAGAAGGACAUUGGUCUGUAUGCUAUGAACUUUGGCAACGCCUACGUUGCCUCAGUCGCUGUGUACAGCUCCUACACUCAGGUCUUGGAGGCCAUGAUUGAGGCCGAUAAGUUCGAUGGUCCUUCCGUCGUUCUUGCUUACCUGCCCUACGAGAAGGAGAACGAUUCUCCUUUGACCGUUCUGCAGGAGACCAAGAAGGCCGUUGACCUUGGCUACUGGCCAUUGUACCGCUGGGAUCCUAAGGGCGACGAGAGGGGUGAGCCCAACUUCCAGCUUGAUUCCGAGAGGAUCAAGAAGGAGCUUGAGGAGUUCCUUGCUCGCGACAACUACAUGUCUCAGGUCAUGAAGAGGCACCCUCAGCUCGCCUCCAACGUCUCUGGUAACUUCGGUACUGAGAUUAGGCAGCUGCAAAAGCGCAAGGCCAAGGACGCCUACAGCCAGCUUCUCGACGGCCUUGCUGGUGACCCCUUAACCAUUCUCUUCGCUUCCGACAACGGUAAUGCUGAGAAGCUCUCGAAGCGUCUGGGCAACCGCGGUAAGGCGCGAGGCCUCAAGACCAUGGUCAUGGCCAUGGACGACUUUCCUCUUGAGGAUCUUCCCAAUGAGCAGAAUGUUGUCUUCGUUACCAGUGUCGCCGGUCAGGGUGAGUUCCCUCAGAACGGCCGUGUCACCUGGGAGACCAUCAAGGAUUCCACCGACUUGGACCUCGCCACUGUCAGCUUCUCCACAUUUGGUCUUGGUGACAGCCACUACUGGCCUCGCAAGGAGGACAAGAUCUACUAUAAUAAGCCUGCCAAGGACCUGCACGCCCGUCUCCUCACUCUCGGUGGCAAGGAGCUCGCACCUGUUGGUCUUGGUGAUGACCAGGACCCCGAUACAUAUGAGACGGCAUACCAGGAGUGGGAGCCCAAGCUCUGGCAGUCGCUCGGCGUCGACAACGUCGAGGGUCUCCCUGAGGAGCCUCCGCCAAUCACCAAUGAGGACAUGAAGGCUGCUUCGAAUUUCCUCCGUGGUACCAUCGAGGAGGGUCUCGCAGACACAUCGACUGGCGCCAUCUCUGCCAGCGACCAGCAGCUCACCAAGUUCCACGGUACCUACAUGCAGGACGACCGUGAUCUUCGUGACGAGCGCAAGGCUCAGGGUCUUGAGCCAGCCUACUCGUUCAUGAUCCGAUGCAGACUUGCUAGUGGUGUCGCUACCCCCAAGCAGUGGUUGCAGAUGGACGAGAUUAGCACUAAGCUUGGAAACGAGACCAUGAAGCUGACCACGCGUCAAACAUUCCAGUUCCACGGUAUUGUCAAGGGCAAGCUCAAGCCAGCCAUGCAAGCCAUCAACAAAUCUUUAAUGACUACCAUUGCCGCUUGCGGUGACGUUAACCGCAACGUCAUGUGCAGUUCUCUGCCUACGCAUUCCAGCUACCACGCCCAGGUUCACGCCAUAUCUCAGAAGAUCAGCGAUCACCUACUCCCCAACACCAGCGCUUAUCACGAGAUCUGGCUCGAGGAUGACGAGACAAAGGAGAAGCGCAAGGUUGCCGGUGAGGCUAUUCAAGACCACGAGCCUCUUUACGGUCCCCUAUACCUGCCUAGGAAGUUCAAGAUCACCAUCGCUAUUCCUCCACAUAACGACACCGAUGUCUACGCUCACGACGUCGGUCUGAUCGCUAUCAAGGGCGCUGACGGCAACCUUGUCGGUUUCAACAUCCUUGCUGGUGGUGGUAUGGGUGUCACACACAAUAACAAAAAGACGUACCCCCGUACUGGUAGCAUGUUCGGUUACGUUCCCACAGAUCAGGCCCAUAUUGUCUGCGAAAAGAUCAUGUUGGUGCAGCGUGACCAUGGUGACCGCAAGAACCGCAAGCACGCUCGUCUAAAGUACACUAUCGACGACAUGGGUGUCGAUGUCUUCCGUGGCAAGGUCGAGGAGCUGUGGGGCCAGAAGUUCGCCGACCCGGCGCCUUUCAAGUUCGACAGCAACGUCGAUACUUUCGGAUGGCAGAAGGAUGAGAACGGUCUCAACCACUUCACCCUGUUCAUUGAAAACGGCCGCAUCGAGGAUACUGCCGAGUUCCCCAUGAAGACUGGUCUCAUCGAGGUCGCCAAGGCACACAAGGGAGAGUUCAGGUUGACUGGUAACCAGCACUUGAUCCUGUCCAACGUUCACGACGAUGACCUCCCGGCCAUGAAGGAGCUUCUCAAGAAGUGGAAGCUUGACAACAUCCACUUCUCUGGUAUGAGGCUGUCAAGUUCCGCUUGUGUCGCUUUCCCUACUUGCGGUCUUGCCAUGGCUGAGUCCGAGCGUUACCUUCCCGUCUUGAUCUCUAAGCUUGAGGGCACACUCGAGGAGGCUGGUCUCCGCCAGGACAGCAUCGUCAUGCGUAUGACUGGUUGCCCCAACGGUUGCGCGCGUCCUUGGCUUGCCGAAGUUGCGUUCGUCGGUAAGGCUUACGGCGCGUACAACAUGUACCUUGGUGGUGGCUACCACGGCCAGCGCUUGAACAAGCUUUACAGGAGCUCGAUCAAGGAGGACGAGAUCCUUGAGAUUAUGCAGCCCAUGAUCAAGCACUAUGCUAAGGAGAGGAAUGAUGGCGAGCACUUCGGUGACUUUGUCAUCAGGAAGGGUUACAUCAACGAGACCACACAUGGAACCAACUUCCACGAGAAUACUGCGGAAGACGAGUCCGAUGGCGAGUAG